AUGGCUUCGCCCGUGGCCGUCGGCGCCUUUGCCACGGUCGGUGUGCCGCUGCUCACCGCGGGUCUCAUUCUCGUCCCCCGGCUCGGGCUCUUCAAGGCCACGGGCGCGCCGCACGCUGUGCUGCCAAAGCCCGUCUCGCGGCUCGACGGCCGCGACGUCCUCGUCAUCAUUUUCCUCGUCCUCUUCAAGCUGCUCCAGCGAGUCUUUGGCCUCGCCCCGCCGCUCGCGCCCUCGGCCGACUCCCUCGGCUUCGACCUCCCCGCGCUGUCCGUCACCAGCACCCUCGACAUUGACGACGACGACCUGCUGCGCUUCGACGCGGCAACCUCCCCACGCGCCAACAAGAGCGUCCUUUCCGCGGCCCCGUCGACCAAAAACGACCCUUUGUCCGCGCCCGCCGCCGAGAAUAACCGCUCCCUCCUCAUCGCCGGCCUCAUCAACCCGCUCAUGUCCAUCCUCCUCGCCAAUCGCAAUCUCCCGAUUCACCCGUUUGGUGCCGUCAACACCCGCAACAUAUUCACCUUUCUUGACCCCGAAGCCUGCCGCUACCCGACCCAGGUCCUCGACCUAACGCGCGGCAUCACCGUCUCCGCUUCUCUCGGCGGGCCGAGCAAUCGCGGCCGUCGGACGAGGCGAGGCAUCGAGUUUGAGAUAUACUUUGAGGUGGCGGCACUGCGACGCGGCGACACCUCUCCGACCGUCAUCUUUAAGCAAGUCGGCGCCGUCCUGGCCCGUCUGCCGCGCGACACGAAACCUCUAUACCGGGAUCUGAGUCCGACAGCAGCCGUGGACGGCGACGGCGAGCAAGGGCCGGGCCAAGAGCCAGCGUGGAUGUCGGCGGAUGGCGAGAUUGUGGAACUUGGUAUGCGGGCGCCCAAGAAGUGGGCGGCGCUGUGUCGUGACUACAACCCCAUCCACAUGUCGAGCAUCCUCGCCCGCGCCUUUGGCUUCCCGGGCAAGAUUGCGCACGGGAACCACGCUCUGGCCCGCGCCGUGGAGCUGAUUGCGCGGGACCCCUCGCGCGUCAUGACGCCAGGCCUAAACACGGCGGACAAGGCCGUGCUGCUCUUGUCACGGUCCGACGGGGGCAAGGAGACGCCCAGCGCGCUCGAGGUGCAAUUUAAGCGACCGAUGGUUCUGCCGUCGCGGCUUGGACUUGAAGUCGCCGACGUCAAAGGCGGAUUUGCACUACGUGUCGUCAAGAAUGAAAAGGAGCACCUGACGGCCAAGUGGACCAAGUUGUGA